AUGGGAGACAGAAAAAGGAGAGAUGAGGAAUGGGAAUGGGAUGAUGAUGACAGCGAAGAAGAUGAGGAUGAGGAUGGAGAUGGAGAUAGAAAGAGGAGAGAUGACGAUUGGGAAUGGGAUGAUGAUGAAAGCGAAGAAGAUGACGAAGAUGUAGAUGGAGACAGAAAGAGGAGAGAUGAAGAGGACGAAUGUGAAGAUGAUGAAAGCGGUGAUGAUGACGAAGAAGAUGGAGAUGGGGACAGAAAGAGGAGAGACGAGGAGGACGAAUGUGAAGAUGAUGAAAGCGGUGACGAUGACGACGAAGAUGGAGAUGGAGACAGAAAGAGGAGGGAUGAUGAAUGGGAAGACGAUUGGGAAGAUGAUGACAGUGGCGAUGAUGACGAUGAAUACGCGGAGAGAAUUCGAAGGAGCAGCAGCAGUAGCGAGGAAUGUGACGGUUGUGAUUGUGAUGGUACCUGCGAUGGAGAUGGUGGUGGUGGUGGUGACGGGGAUUGUGGUGGAGACUGUGGAGGAGACGGUGAUGGUGGGGACGGUGGUGGUGAUGGGGAUUGUGGUGGAGACUGUGGAGGAGACGGUGAUGGUGGGGGCAGUGGUGGUGACGGUGGGGAUGGUGAUGGUGAUGGUGAUGGUGGUGACGGCGAUGGUGAUGUAGUGGAAAAACCAGUAUACAUCCCAGUACCAGUUCCUGCAGGUGAUGAUGAUGACGACGGUGAUGAUGGCGUCGAUGAUGGCGGUGAUGAUGGCGGUAAUGAUGGCGGUGAUGAUGGCGGCGAUGACGGCGGCGAUGAUGGAGAUGCUAUUAUGGGCUCACUUUGCUCUGCAUGCCCCCUCUUCGUUUCCCGCACUGACGCGGUAUGUGGAUCGGACGGAGUGACAUACGGCAAUCUAUGCGAGCUGCGUCAUGCUGCCUGUCAACUAGGAGGCAACUCACUGCAGGUCGCCAGCGAAGGGGUGUGUGCGGCGGAGAGAACUCGAAGGAGCAGCAGCAGUAGCGAGGAAUGCGACGGGUGUGAUUGUGAUGGUACCUGCGAUGGAGAUGGUGGCGGUGGUGAUGGGGAUUGUGGUGGAGACUGUGGAGGAGACGGUGAUGGUGGGGACGGUGGUGGUAACGGUGAUUGUGGUGGAGACUGUGGGGGAGACGGUGAUGGUGGGGACAGUGGUGGUGACGGUGGGGAUGAUGGUAAUGGUGAUGGUGAUGGAGAUGGAGAUGGAUAUGGAGGCUGUGAUGGUGGCGACUGCAACGGGAAUGAUCAUGGUGAUGGCAGUGGCGGCGGCGGUUGUAAUGGCGAUGGUGGUGACUGUGAUGGCGAUGGCGAUGGUGGAUGUAAUGGUGACGGAUGUGGCAGUAGUGAUAGUGACAGCGAUAGCAGCAGUGGAAGUGAUAGCUGCGGUAGUGGCUCUGGAGGAUGCGACAGUUCUGAUUCUGACUCUGACUCUGACUCCGACUCUGACUCUGACUCCGAUUCUGAUUCCGACUCCAAUUCUGAUUCCGACUCCGACAGCAGCGAAGAAGGAGGAUGUGGUGGCGGCGGCGGUGGUGGUGGUGGUGGUGGCGCCGUUGGUGGUGGCGGCGGAGGUAACUGUGGUGGUACCAACACAAUCUCCGUUCCAGUAUCAGUACCAGUAUCAGUACCAGAAGUGCAUUACGAGGUAGUGAAAAAACCAGUAUACAUCCCAGUACCAGUUCCUGCAGGUGACGAUGAUGACGGCGGUGAUGACAUCGGUGAUGAUGGCGGUGAUGAUGGUGGUGAUGAUGGCGGUGAUGAUGGCGGUGAUAAUGGUGGUUAUGACGGCGGUGACGAUGGCGGUGAUGAUGGUGGUGAUGAUGGUGGUGAUAGCUAUGGUGGCGAUUACUAUGGUGGCGAUUACUAUGGUGGUGACGACUAUGAUGGUGACGACUAUGGUGGUAAUGGCGAUGGAGGAGACGAUGACGGCGGUAAUGACGAUGGAGGAGACGAUGACGGUGGUGAUGACGAUGAUGCUAUAAUGGGCUCACUUUGCUCUGCAUGCCCCCUCUUCGUUUCCCGCACUGACGCGGUAUGUGGAUCGGACGGAGUGACAUACGGCAAUCUAUGCGAGCUGCGUCAUGCUGCUUGUCAACUAGGAGGCAACUCACUGCAGGUCGCCAGCGAAGGGGUGUGUGCGGCGAGUCUUAUUCAAGCUGUUGCUCCAUAA